UUUUCUCGGAGAUCGAACGCUUAUUAACUGUUAUAUCUUGGAACAUAUAUUCAUUGCGCCUCUGCAUUAUGGGUAGGUCACCAUGUUGUGAAGAGAGUAGUAGUGUAAAGAAAGGACCAUGGACACCGGAAGAAGAUGAGAAGCUGAUUGAAUAUAUCAGCAAACAAGGCCAUGGCAGUUGGAGAACCCUUCCAAAGCGUGCAGGUCUCAAUAGGUGUGGCAAGAGUUGCAGAUUAAGGUGGACAAACUAUCUGAGGCCAGAUAUCAAGAGAGGCAAAUUCACUGAGGAAGAAGAGAGACUUAUCAUCAACCUUCAUUCAGUUCUUGGAAACAAGUGGUCAAAGAUUGCAGCACAUCUGCCAGGAAGAACUGAUAAUGAGAUCAAGAAUUAUUGGAACACUAGCAUAAGGAAAAAGCUUCUCAAGAUGGGUAUUGAUCCAGAAACUCACAAGCCAAGGACAGACUUCAAUCACCUAAUGAAUCUUUCGCAGUUGCUUGGCAUGUCAAACUUGAGCAGUGCUAUGAAUACUACUUGGGGCAAUAAUAACCCUUUUGGUAUGCCAGCAGAUAUCACUCAACUAGCCAAAAUACAACUACUGCAAAGCCUGUUGCAAAUUAUGAACAGCAAUUCAUUUGUUAACAUGGGAAACCCUAACCUCUUAGUAGGAAAUCCCAACCUCAACCCUUUAUUUCUCAACGGAUUAAACCCCCUCCAACCUAAGGAGCCUGUGGUGUUGAGUGGUAGUGAAGAAUAUGCUAACCAUGUAAAUGGUAUGUACUCUCAAGCACAAAGUGAGUGCUCUCAGCAUGAAGUUUCAAAAUCAUGUGCAGAUGUAGAGGGUGGAUCUAAUCCACAAGAUCCUGAUUACAACAAAAUUAACAGCACUUCUUCACUUGAAAAUCAAGCAGAAGAACCUCUUCCUGCAUUAGUUGUAUCUUCUCCAAGGAUGGGAACCUUCAACCAAAUGAACAAUGGAUGCAACAUGGCUCAAACGUUCACAAAGUCACCUUCCAACACAAUCUUUGAUGAUUGGGAGAAGUUCCUUGAAGAUGAAACAACCGGUUCCUACUGGAAAGAGAUUCUAGAAUCCACUUCUGCGUCACCAAUUUUGUGGUAGAAGACCAUUGAUUCUCUUUCAGGAUGAUCCCAUCAACUUAUGGAUAUCACAUAUGCUCAAGAAAUAUAUAUGUAGUUUUAUUCAUUCAUGGUUUUUUCAUUGUUUAGAUUCAUUUCUAUUUUUAUACAUGUUAACAUGGGUACAAAACAUAUAUACGUACAUGCAUGCAUAUUUAUAUGGAGAGUUGCAUAUAUAUUUAGUUAUAUGUAUUUUAGACACAAACUUGUACUUCACCAGAUUGGUUCUAUAUUCUAAAUAAAACAUGUUUUAU